UGAGGCUACCCGGUGAGGCUCUCCAGGUUGCUCUGUCCACCGAUUUAUGAUUUUCUGCCGUAUCUUUACAAAAACGGCAACUAAUGGUGCUGUUCUGAAGAGACUGGAACAGAAGGGUGCAGAAGCAGAUCAAAUUAUUGAAUAUUUAAAGCAGCAAGUUGCUCUUCUUAAGGAGAAAGCAAUUUUGCAGGCAACUUUGAGAGAAGAGAAGAAACUUCCAGUUGAAAAUGCUAAAUUAAAGAAAGAAAUUGAAGAACUGAAACAAGAGCUAGUUCAGGCAGAAAUUCAAAACGGAGUGAAACAAAUACCAUUCCCAGCUGGUAGUCUACUGCAAGCUAAUUCCACGGUUUCCGAAAAAGUGAUACAGUCUAUACCAAUAAGAACUGUAUCUUCUGGUGUCAAAGAACCGAUAACAGGAGGAAGAGCGGAAGAAAAGAUGAAAGAGAAAAUUGAAAUGAAAGAGAAAAAGGAGAAAAAACAAUCAAUAGCAGGAAGUGCUGACUCUAAGCCGAUAGAUGUUUCUCGUCUGGAUCUUGGAGUUGGUUGUGUCAUUACUGCCAGAAAACAUCCUGAUGCAGAUUCUUUACAUGUAGAAGAAGUAGAUGUUGGAGAAACAGCCCCAAGAACAGUUGUCAGUGGCCUGGUGAAUCAUGUUCCUCUUGAACAGAAGGUGGUGGUGAUUUUACUUUGUAACCUGAAACCUGCAAAGAUGGGGGGAGUAAUAUCUCAGGCAAUGGUAACGUGUGCUAGUUCACCUGAGAAGGUUGAAAUCUUGGCACCUCCUACUGGGUCUGUUCCUGGAGACAGAAUUGUUUUUGAUGUUUUUCCUGGAGAGCCUGACAAGGAGCUAAAUCCUAAGAAGAAGAUUUGGGAGCAGAUCCAGCCAGAUCUCUGCACUAAUGAUGAGUGUGUGGCUACAUACAAAGGAGUUCCCUUUGGGGUGAAAGGGAAGGGAGUGUGUAGGGCUCAAACUAUGACCAACAGUGGAAUAAAAUAAAAUAAAAUAAAAUAAAAUAAAAUAAAAUA